CAGGCACGAUGCAUAGCUAAGACCGCAUGUUAGUACGGACAAGGCCUAGCCUUGCAGCCUGCUCUGUCCCCUACUUGAAUGUGCUCGAAAUUAGCGAGAAUCCUCGCUAGGCAGGACCCCUGCUGCUGAAAGCAAGGGCGUACUGUAAAAGCACUUGUCGGCGGCGCGGCGCCGCUGCGAAGGAGAGGCGUCGAAAAGCACCCGGCGGCGCGGCGCCGCUGCGAAGGAGAGCCGUCGUCUUGCGCGCGCCUCAAACGAUGCGUCCGCGCGCCUGGCUCGACGAAAACCGCAAGCGCACGGGCGUCUUCGGCACGGCGCUGCGCGUGCCGCUCAUGCUCGCGGUCUUCGCGAACCUGCUGUCGAGCUGCGCCGUGGUGCUGGUCAACAAAUGGCUCGUGGCGCAGCACCGGUUCGACCACAUUAUCUUUCUCACGAGCUGCCAGAUGGCCUUCACCGCCGCGGGCAUGCGGGUCAUGCUGCGGUGCGGCGUCUUCGCGUACAAGGCCUGCGAACGGCGGACGGUGGUCCGCGUCGCCGGCGCCAGCCUUCUGGCCAUGGCCUUCAUGAACCUGAACCUCAAGCAGAACUCGGUGGGCUUCUUCCAGAUGACCAAGCUGGCCUGCAUCCCCUGCACGUUGGCGACGCAGUACCUGGCGGGCGACCGGUUCCCGGACGGCGCGACGCUGGCGACGCUCGUGCCCCUCGUGGGCGGGCUCUACGUCGCCGAGGUCCACGACCACACCGUGACGCCGCUCGGCACGCUCUACGGCGCCGUCGCGGUCGUCGCGACGGUGCUCGCGCAGCGCGCCACCGCCUCGUCGGCAACCAGCGCGCCAAUCAAAUUUGUGGCGGCGCGGAGUGCGCCCGACUCGCUGGUUGGUUUGCGCACAGGUCGCAGCGGCGGCUCCGCGUCGACUCGAACCAGCUGCUCUACCACACGUCGCCCCUGAUCGCCCUGGCGAUGCUCGCCGCGUCCCCCCUGUGCGACGACGUCGCCCAUCUGGCGGCGCUCGACUGGACCGCCGACCUCCGGGGCGACGUCCUCUGGUCCUGCGCUGUGUGGAAAUCAACCAGUGAGUUAUGUUAUCCUGAGAAAUAUUGCGUGGACUUCGUGAGCCUCCACGCCAUCGAGCCGACGUGGCCACGGGGACAAUGUCGCGUCGAUGGCGUGGAAUCGCCACGCCAUCGCGCAGACGCAGCUACGGAAAGCACGUGCGUGGGGCGCCCGAAAUUUGAUUUCCACACAGGUCCUGCGGGCUCGCGCUCGCCGCGAACGUGUCGAACUACUACGUGCUCGGCCGCACGAGCCCGCUAACGUACCAGGUGCUGGGCCACGUCAAGACGAUCGCCACGAUCGGCUUCUCGGUCGUGGUCUUCGGCCUCGAGACGAACGCGAAGAACCUGCUGGGUCUUUUCGUGGCGAUGGUCGGCGUCGUGUCCUACACCGAGGUCACGCGGCGGGCCAGCGUCGCGCGCGAGCGGCGGCGCCUGCGCGACGAGCCCACGGAAGCGGCGCCCGCGCCGGCGGCGCCCCAGGCGCGGGAGGGGCGGCCGAAGCGGCCAGACCUGCGGGCGCCCGCGUCGCCGACGUCGCCGCUGCUGCCGGCAUAGUUGAGUUGUGUUCGUUUUAAGUUGUUGUUGUCACGGUUUUCGCUAGACUCGGGCGGCGUUUUAUGGGGAGACAAUCCCUUUCCCCCGUUUUAAUAAGCGCCCACGAGGCGAGACCUCUCGAGGCAGUUUGGAGCGGUGGUUCCGGGUUUUUUUUGCCCAGAUUUGCAUAUCUGCUCUUUUUACGCCCCGGCUCUCUCUCUCGAUUCGGCGGCCGCUACAAGCUCGCCUCUCAACUACUUCUCUUCGCCCGCGCAAGGGCGCGACCAGCGCUCAAACCCUCAGUCAAAGUUCUCUGCCGGCCCUCUCUCAUUUUGCAGCGCGCGCCUCGCAAAAAGUUCCCGUUGAAUUCAAAACAC